UUCCUGGGGUCCAUUAAAAAAAAUGACAAGAUAAAAGCACUGAUAGUCACACAAAUUAUUUGCGUUUGUGUGUGAACGAGCUGCCUAGCGAAAGUGGUAUGUUAAAUAGAUCCACUAUAUUUCUAUAGUGUAGUAGCGUUUCCGCGCGCAUCACAUGAACGAGCAAACUCUCUCCCGUAUAUCGAUGAAGCUGGUUGAAACAUGGCGGACUUCCUGUCGACCCGAUCCGUGCUAAACCAGUGCUUCCCAGUUUGCCUGCUUACCAGCACCGAGGUGGAACAGCUGAGGAAAUCUAAGGAGAUUGACAAAAGUCUUUCCCGGGACAAAACCUACGCGGAACGACUAGUAAAGAUACUUUUACUGGGCGCGGGCGAGAGCGGAAAGUCCACUUUCCUCAAACAGAUGAGGAUCAUCCACGGGCAGGACUUCGACCAGCAAGAUCGUGAAGAGUUCCGGGGAACAAUUUACAGCAAUGUUAUCAAAGGUGUGCGUGUGUUGGUGGAUGCACGGGAGAAGCUUCACAUCCCCUGGGGUUCCCCUGACAACCAGGUGCACGGAGACAAUAUGAUGUCAUUCGACACACGGUCUGCGAUGAUGGCGAACGGCCAGGUGGAGACAAGCGUGUUCCUCAAGUACCUGCCCUCCAUCCAGGUCCUGUGGGCCGACAGCGGAAUACAACAAGCCUACGAUAGACGCAGGGAGUUCCAACUGGGCGAGUCUGUGAAGUAUUUCUUGGACAAUGUGGAGAUGCUGGGGGAUCAGAGCUACAUCCCUUCCCAGCAGGACAUCCUGCUAGCCCGUAAGCCCACUAAGGGCAUCCAUGAGUACGACUUUGAGAUCAAGAGCGUUCCCUUCAAGAUGGUGGACGUGGGAGGACAGCGCUCAGAGAGACGACGGUGGUUCGAGUGUUUUGACUCUGUUACCUCCAUACUGUUCCUAGUGUCUUCUUCUGAGUAUGACCAGGUCUUGAUGGAGGACAGACAGACCAACCGUCUGAGAGAGUCAUUGGACAUCUUUGAGACGAUAGUCAAUAACCGAGUCUUCCUCGCCGUCUCCAUCAUUCUCUUCCUCAACAAGACUGACCUCCUAGAGGAGAAGGUCUCGAACAUUUCACUGAAGAAAUACUUUCCAGAGUACACGGGGCCGGACCACAGCCUGCCAGACGUCCAGAAGUUCUUAGUGGACUGUUUCCGGGGGAAGAGAAGAGACGCGACACAGAAGCCCCUGUACCACCACUUCACCACAGCCAUCAACACGGAGAACAUCCGCCUGGUGUUCAGAGACGUCAAGGAUACCAUCCUCCAUGAAAACCUCAAACAGCUUAUGCUCCAGUGACCUAUGACCUCUAGAGAGGACCUGAGAGGAACCAGCCUCCAAAAGGACCCCAGAGAGGACUUAUUCUCCCACCUGAAAGAGGACCUGAUCGAGUACUGCUCUCACCUUCAAAAGAGGACCGGAUUGAGGACACCAGUGCCUUGGGGAGGACCUUGAUGUUCCACUUUUGUUGUUUUUAGAUGGUUUUAUUUGGUUUUUACUGCACUGUGUUGAGUGGAUGGUCUAUAGGUCAGUUUGACCUUCUAGGAGCCAGGGACAUGAUUGAACGCUGGAUAAUAAGCACUGCCCUGGAUCAGUUUUGAAGCCUGCCAUGCUGUCAUAGCCCCUCUCCUGUACACUGAUCUGAGAGCUGUGUGACUGACAGAAACCACAACGCCUUCAUACAACGUCUUAAUAACCCUUCAUCACUGUGUGCGUGUGUGUGUACCUUUCUAGCCUUAAGUCUUGGCGUUAGCCAUCAUGUAAUCAAUCAUGUCCUUUAUAAUCUAUGCAUUUUAAUGUGUGUGUAUGCAGUUUACAAUUUUCCAUCUUUCUAUUCCCAGGUAGUUAUCAUGUAAUUCUGCUGUAAGGACACAAAACACACACACACAGUUGGGCGAUUAGCUAGUAUUGUUAUCUCAGGGUUGUACGGAGGUCACUCUAUAAAGGAUGUCAUUAUCGUGUUGUAAUAAUCAGUCUGUCCAUAGGUCUGUCAUCUAUUGUCUUUACCCCUCAAAUUCAAAUCUGGACCUCCACUGCUUUUUUAUUUGUAUUAUUCCCCUCUAAUCAGGGACUGAUUUAGACCU